AUGUUCCUUUUUCUCUCUGUCAUUGUUUUAUAUUCUAUGUGUCAGGGUGGUGUGAAUACUCAAUCCAUUCCCAUUCCCACUGAUCCUGAGGGUGUGGAUGGUUCUGGUGUUGCUUCUUUUUUUGAACAUGAAUGGGGAGAAGAUCCGAAUCAUCACGACUUUGAAUGGGAUUUGGAAAGUGAUCCUUAUUAUAUGAAUUCCUAUAGUUCUAGAAAACUAAAGAAUCUAUGUGGUUAUAGUGGACCAAAUAGAUCGAUUUAUAGAAAUUACAAUGGUUAA